AAGCCCACCUCCUUUCAGUCAGCCCACGAGGAGCGAACCCCAUUUCGGCAGCGGCCCCCUCAGCGCCACUGAAGCUGCCGGGACAGGCGGAGCGGGGGAGGGCACCCCGCGGGGCCGCAGGGCACUGAUGGCCGCCGCUACCCGGCGGGAGGCGCGCCCGCCUCCCUUCCUCCCGGAGCUGGGCCGCCCCGCCCCGCCCCACCGCUCAGGGUUUCGAUUCUCCGCUGGAGCCCCUCCCCGACACCGCGGCCCGAACCCGAGGGCUAAAUGGCGGACGCAGGGAAGCAAAGCGGGACACCGGGGGGGCCGGGCCCCGCGAAGCUCGAGGACACGAGCGGCUGGCGCUGCCCGGAGCAUAGCGACCGCGUGGUCGAGCUCUUCUGUCGCCGCUGCCGCCGCUGCGUGUGCGCACUCUGCCCGGUGCUGGGCGCGCACCGCGGCCACCCGGUGGGCCUGGCGCUGGACGAGGCGGCGCACGUGCAGAUGUCCUUGACCUCGUCCACCAGGCUCUUUCACAUACAGAAACGCAUCCAAGAAUGUUUAAAGCAGUUGGAAGCCAAGAAGCAGCAGCAAGUUGGCAACAUAACCCAGAUAGAAGAAGCUGUCGAGAAGCUCAAGGCUCAUGCAGAGUCGAGUAAAACCUGGCUGACGGGAAAAUUCACUGAACUCAGAUUGCUACUUGAUGAAGAGGAAGUGCUGGCAAAGAAAUUCAUUGAUAAAAACAUGCAGCUUACCCUCCAGGUGUACAGGGAGCAAAUUGAGUCUUGUGGAGAGCAAAUAGACAUCAUGAACAAACUCUCCAGCAGGGUCUGGAGGAUCAGCCAGGAGCCCAGUCCUGUCCAGCUGCUGCAGGAGUACGUGGCCGCUGAGCAGCAGAUGCAGCAGCAGAUGAGCCUGGGAGAGCUGUGCUACCCCGUGCCCCUGUCCUUCGAGCCCGCCAAGAGCUUCUUCAAGGGCCUCGUGGAGGCCAUGCAGAGCAUGUUACAGACACCACUGGACGUUCGCCUCAAGGAAAACCUGAACUGCCAGCUCUCAGGCUCCUCCAGCACCAAGCUAGUUUCCUUGUUGAAAACAAGCCCCUCACCAGAGCGAUCACUCUUCCUAAAAUACGCGCGCACGCCCACUCUAGAGCCGGACACCAUGCACGCACGCCUGCGCCUGUCCGCCGACCGCCUGACGGUGCGCUGUGGACUGCUGGGCCGCCUGGGACCCACGCCCGAGCUGCGCUUUGACAAGCUGUGGCAGGUGCUGGGUCGCGACUGCUUCGCCGCCGGACGCCACUACUGGGAAGUGGACGUGCAGGAGGCGGGCGUCGGCUGGUGGGUGGGCGCGGCCUACGCCUCCCUGCGGCGCUGCGGGGCCUCGGCCGCCGCGCGCCUCGGCUGCAAUCGCCAGUCCUGGUGUCUCAAGCGCUACGACCUCGAGUACUGGGCCUUCCACGACGGCCAGCGCAGCCGACUGCGGCCCCGCGACGACCCCGACCGUCUCGGUGUCUUCCUGGAUUACGAGGCCGGCAUCCUCGCCUUCUACGACGUGUCUGGCGGCAUGAGCCACCUGCACACUUUCCGCGCCACUUUCCAGGAGCCGCUCUACCCGGCCCUGCGGCUCUGGGAAGGGGCCAUCAGCAUCUCCAGGCUGCCCUAGGGGCUGAGACUGGAGUGACUGCCCUAGGCCUUCCGCCGCUCUGGUGUCACCCGACCUCGAUGCGGCUGGUCUGCCUGCUCCCUAAGCACGCCUAUCAUCUCCCCCGCCAGUCAUGCACAGGUGCUUUGAAGGUCUCCUCUCCUAGGUUGGUUUCAAACAUGCCCCACACACAGAUCCUCUGCGGGGACUGUCUCCUCGGACCUUCCCACCACCAGGGCACUUACACUACACUGCUUUUAGUCCGGGUGCACCCACACGUGAGCCCUAAGCAUCCUGACCGUGUCAGAAUACAUUAUCUUCGGCCUCGGACCUCUCCCUCAUUCAGCAGUCAGCAAUACCUGGCACUUAGUAGGCGCACAAUAAAUAUGUGAGAGUCAUCCAGCUCUUUCUCCCUUAAUGUCCCUUUGAUCUGCCUCCUCCUCUCCACUCUGCUUCAGCUUAUCCAUGUCACUUACCUUCAGAGCAGCUGCAGGAGCAUCUUAACACCUCAUGGCCUGAACCCUCUCCCGUCCUCAUCCUCCACUGUAAGGCCAGAGGCAUGUGCCUAAAACUUCGCUUAACCUUAGAACUACCAGGAGGUUCCUAAGGACUACAGGGAGAAAAGCAGGCACUUUCCCUUAGCAUUCAAGGCCUUUCUAGUCUGCCCAGAACUUUUUUAUGCCUCAUCUGGCUUCUACGGCUCUUUUCAGAGACCCUCCAAUUAGAGCUGUCUACACCUUUGCCCUCUGCUACUGGCCCCAUACACUCAUUUAUGCAGAAAAGCCCUUUCAUCUUCCUUUGCCUGUUUCAGGCUUCCCCUGGCUUAACUGCCCCAGGAAGUCUCUCCCCAAGCCACAGGAAUCUCUCUUACUAUUAGAACCACAAGUCUGGGACCUUGCUUUCCAACUAGAUUGGAAGUUUCCCAAGGGCAGCUGUGUCCUACACUCUCCCCACCCUGAAAAGUUCAGAAUGUUCCGUUCCUCCCAGGCAGGCAAUGACCAGCAGCCAGCUAUCAUUGACUCAGCAGUUGAGCUGAGAAGUCCACAUGAACCACCCAGCCUGACCUCACUGUACAUGUGGGGAGACUAAGGUCCUGAAAGAACGUUGCUUAAAGUCCCCCUCGGUGAUUAAGGGCUGGGCCAUGCCCCGCUCCAGCCCCCAGGCAAGUGUCUUACUUGGUCCCUGUCCCAGCUCUUGAUCUGAGAGAUUUUACUGCUUAUUCGUUCCUCAGGGGAUGUUGGGAAGAAAACCAGCAGGUGACUGCUGCUUAGCAACCACAGGCAGUUUUCCCAACUGUCUUGGAACCAAAAGAAGAGGAGCUGAAAGUAAGGUUUGGACAGUCCAGACAUCCCCAUGCUCCUCAGGCCCCUCAGUUCCAGGUGUUGCCAUGGAAACCCAGAGAACCCAGAGAACCACUUUCCAAAAGAGAAGUGACAGAAAUAGAGAAGGCCAAACCAGCAGGACCUCGCAGGCCAGCUUCUCUAACAGGAAGGGAAAAGCAUCUUUCUUGGGUCUGUGCCUCAGCUCUGAAGACUUAGCAUCAUUAUUUGUCCAAUUCCCUAGAUGGUUUUGAAACCAUCCUGUGUUAAAGUGUCUUCUUAGGUGCUUGGCAAGAGGGCAGUGGCAGAGUGAAGAAAAUGCAAAGGUGAAACCUACUUACGGUUUCAGGGUAUUAAUUAGCUUGAACCACAUAAAACUGACAAUUUCUAACAGUUUCUGACCUAGAAAUGCCACUUUCAUAUAGGGCAAUGAAAUAUAAGUAGGAUACAAGGCAGAAGGAACCUUAAGAGUGCCUUCAGUUCUAACUAAAUCACUUAAGACACUAGCUGGAUAAACAGCAGAAUGUCUAAGCACACUGCUCCAGGAAUCCUGAAAAAAGAAUUCUACUGGGGAUGAGCCAGAUCUGAAUUCUGACAGGGCAUUCCUGACAGAAGGAGAUGGAUAUACUGUGUCUCUCCAUGCAAAGACAUCCCCAGACCCAUGGCGGCCAGGGCCAAGCACUAACAGCACCUGCUAUUUUGUCAGGCACGGUUCUGAUGCUUUACGACUAUUAACUCAUUUGAUUCUUACAUCAUCCCUAGGAGGUGGAAAGUUACCCCAAUUCUACACAUGGCAAAAUUGAGAUACAGAGUGAGUAACUUGCCCAAGGUCACACAGCCAGUGGUGGAGUUGGGGUCUAUGCUCAGGCCCAUCAGGCCAUACUCUCUGGGUAAACACAGCUAGUCUCUGGCCAAUGCCUGCUCGCUCCCGCCUGUUUUGCCUGUGAUACUUGGCUUUGGCCUAGUUACUCUGUGGGACGUGGGCCUAGCUUUGGAUUAUUUUCCUUGGGCUGAGAUGAGGUCCUGCACCCAGAGAGGAACUUGAGAGUUUGGAAUUCAUGUAUCAGAGACAGAGCUGGAUUAUAAAGGACAAAAACUGGCUCUUCUCAAACGCCUACUCUGUAUCAAGACUUGCACUAGCCAGAAAACUGCAGUUUCGGUACACAAUCUAGUGACCUUAGGCUAGUCGUUUUACCUCUCAGAGGAUCAUUUGUAAAAUGGGAGUAAUGACCCUGCCUAGUGCUGGGAGGCUCAAAAGAGCCAACGGUUUUGAACUUGCUUUAAAAACCAUACAGCACUGGACCAUGUCAGGACCCAUUAGCAUCCCCAGUGGAAUUCCUGUCGUGCCUGGCAUAGUGUGGGAGCAACAGAAGCUCCCAGCAGCCGUCCGGCAGUAGCAGGAACCUCCCUGACUAUUCCUCAUACAGGACUAAAGCUUCCUUGGGGUCUAUGACUAUAAAGUCACUUACCUAAAUCUCUCUCAGAUAUGAACUUGCAGAAAUUAAAAAAAAAAUUUUUUUUUUAAUGUUUUUACUUUUGAGAAAGAGAAGAGACAGAGGCGUGAGCAGGGGAGGGGCAGAGAGAGAACGAGACACAGAAUCCGAAGCAGACUCUAGGCUCUGAGCUGUCAGCACGGAGCCCGACACGAGGCUCGAACUCACAGACCAUGAGUUCAUGACCUGAGCUGAAGUCGGAUGCUUAACUAAGUCACCCAGGCGCCCCAUCAGAAAUUUCUUAAUACAGCAAACUGCCUGCAGAUAUUUUUAAAUGACCUUAAUUUUCUAUUAUGUGAUUUGUCUUAAUAAAGAUGAAUACUGUACCUUGUAA